AUGCAGGGUGGCGGUGGUGGUGUAGUAGUACUGGUGACGGUGGUGAGGUACCUGGUUGGUAUCCAGCACGUGCAGCAGCAGGUGCGCGGCGAGGGCGGCGCCGGCCCGCGCGCCCGUCACCACGAGCGGCGCGCUGUCCCCGCCCGCCCCCGCCCCCGCGCUCGCGGCGCGCAGCCCGUUCACUUCCGAUAUGAAGUCUGUGAAGAG